CAUUCGGCUUAGAGGAUCUCUACUCUAACAGGUACCCUCCUCAGCAUUUUCUAAAGGCAAUACAGACACUGAAGAUGGCAGUAAACUGGCUGGGGCUGCUGUCCAUAGGAGUGUUUUACAUGAUUGUGCUGGGCACAGGAAUCUGGGCAUCCAGGAAGUCCAAACACGAGGAGAAGAAAUGCACUGGGAACCGCAGUGAAGUUGCAAUGGUUGGAGGACGAAACCUAAACAUCUGGGUCAGCAUCUUUACUAUGACAGCCACUUGGGUUGGAGGAGGCUAUAUUUUGGGUAAUGCUGAAGUGGUCUACGAUCCAACAAAGGGCUUGGUAUGGGCCACGGGGCCCAUUGCUUUCACCAUAAACAUGAUUGUAGGUGGACUCUUCUUCGUCAAGCCUAUGCGAUCAAAGAAAUAUGUCACCAUCAUGGACCCAUUUCAAGAGAAAUAUGGCAACACAGUAGCUGCUGUUCUCUUCACUCCAGCUCUCAUAGGAGAUAUCUUGUGGAUAGCAUGUAUUCUUGGUGCACUGGGAGGGACCGUAAGUGUGGUCAUGGAUAUCUCCUCUUUGCUAGCUGUGUGCAUCUCUGCUGGGGUUGCAAUCCUUUACACGUUAAUGGGAGGACUGUACUCUGUGGCCUAUACUGAUGUCAUCCAGCUCGGCUUCAUGCUCUUUGGUUUGUGGCUCUGUGUGCCUUUUAUCCUGACAAGUCCGUCUGCUGCUAACUUCACUGUUGCUGCAGUAACCAAGCUGCACCAGGGGCCAUGGCUUGGCAAGCUAGAGCUGCAAGAUACUGGUCGCUGGAUAGAUGACAUACUGCUGAUGGCCAUUGGAGGGAUCUGCUACCAGGCCUUUUACCAGAGAGUCCUGUCCACAGCCACCGAUGCCCAAGCUAAGAUCACCUGCUACGCUGCAGCAGUACUAUGCCCAAUUCUUGCCAUUCCAUCACUCAUCAUCGGGGCAGUGGCGGCAUCUACCAAUUGGAACCAAACCACCUACGGAUCACCCAGCCCAUAUGAACAGGGCAAAGCUGGCAUGAUCUUGCCUAUUGCCCUUCAGCAUCUUUGCCCUUUCUACAUCUCACUGGUUGGUAUUGGAGCACUCGCUGCCUCUGUAAUGUCAUCAGUCGACUCUGCACUUCUGUCUGCUGCCUCUCAACUGGGUCGAAAUAUCUUCAAGAACAUCAUCUAUAAACAGGCAUCAGAAAAAAUGAUUCUUGUGGUGGUUAAGGUGUCAGUCCUCCUGUGCGGAAUGAUGGGAGCAGGCCUUGCCAUGACAUCAAGGUCCGUCCACUUGUUCUGGAUUAUCAGUGCAGAUGUCGCAUAUUCAAUGAUGACUCCGCAGGUGAUUUGCACCUUCUUCUUAUCCCAGUGGGUUAACCAGUAUGGCGCCUGUUCUGGCUGUGUUUUGGCAAUACUGCUGAGAGUUUUGGUGGGGGAACCCCUGAUAGGCCUUCCCGACGUGCUGCCCCUGCCGUGGGACAAGAUCCAGGAGGACGGUCACCGAUACCGCUUGCUCCCUUUUCGCACAGCCAUCAUGCUCAUCACCAUUGGGACUAUUUUACUGGUAUCACGCCUGGCUGUGUGGCUGAAAAGAAUAACAAGUGAUGCUGAGACGGACACAAACGUACAUUACAUGGCACCAGUCCAGACAGAUACCAGAAAAGACGAGAGACUGAAAAAAGAACAGUCUCACUUAUUCUCCCAAGGAACCAAUGAAGAGGGGGAAAAAUGUUAA